CCACCCACCCAAGCUACGCGAGCACCGAGUCCCAAAGCUGAUAUGUUGAAAUGUUACUAUUGAUUACCUGUUGCUAGCAUCCCGGAACAAUCGAAACCACUCGAGAUAUUUUUGUAAGGAAGCGGAACCACGUACCUUUUGCUCUAUGUUAAAUAGUUUAUUACAUAUGCGUAUUUUUCGUGCCUACGUUAACGUUUCGAGUCCCGACUGCCUUUCUGUAAAUACCAUUUGCCAGCAAAUCGAAAGAGGAAACUCUUUGUAUUUAGACCGAUGGAUAAUAAAAAUUUAACUCGACUAAGGCCAUUUAGGCACAACCUUCGCUCAAACCAUUUUAUUACAUAACUUUGCAUACUAUUACCGAAUGAAUUUAGUGGCAGCUCUUCCUAACAAAACCCCCUAUCGAAAAACAAUAAAUUCAAUUUUGACAAAUCUAUGCUUUGUUUUAGUGGGGGGUUCUCCAUCGUUCUCACAUUUACUUCACACCUGCUCCGAAACGUAUAAAACACUGCGUAAAUUCGAAGUAAGUCCCAGCUCAAAAUGGCUUUGAUCUUGGCAUUGCGGGUGGUGUUGCUCCUGCCGUUGAUCUCCGGCUACAACUACUGCAACAACCGAUCACACGUGUGCAACGUGGGCAAGAAAAAGCACUUCAUGUGCCAGCUGGAGCAGGAGCUUCGUCCCUACGACAACAAGAGCAAGCUGCACGCCGUUUUCCCGGACACGCCGAAGCUGCGAGUGAAGACCCUGGGCAUCCUGAACAACUUCCGGAACACCUUCGCCGGCGGGGAUCUCAUCACGAAGGAGAACAAAUCGUUCCCGAGCGCGAAGCGGAUGCGCAGGAUCAUCUGGGACAAGGAGCUGGCUUACAUGGCACGCAACCACGCCGCCACCGUGUCAUUCAAGCACACCGAGUGCCGGUCCACCCUGCGGUUCCCGGUAGUGGGCGAGUUCCUGGCGCUGCUGCCUCCCGCCAAGAAGAAGCGUAACGUCAUGGAUCUCCUGACAAAGUCAUUCGAAUCGAUGUUGGAGGAGUACAAGGACGUCAAGGAUCCCGAGGGACUUCUCCAAUGCUACGAUUCCGAAAGGGACUCCAACGUGGGCCACUUCACCCUCAUCGCCAAUGAUCGGGUCUCCCGGGUGGGAUGCGGCAUAGCCGCGAGCUCCAACUGCCACUUGGACAACAAGGUCGGCUACUGCCACUUCCUCACCUGCCACUUCGACUACAGCAACCUGGAGGGCUCCUAUGUCUACAAGGCCGGAAGGCCCGCCGCCGGAUGUGACGACUGGAACGGAGUGGGCAGCUACAAGUACGCCAAUCUGUGCCAAAACCUGGGCGUCAUUUUCCCGCCGAAUCAAGGCGACUGAGGAAGAAGACCUAAUCUUUCUUCCCUGCGUUUCCUAACAAAAUACUGGAUUAUGUUGACCAGUCUAAAGUUCGUUUAGUAU